GUACACUAAAUGUUUUCAGAUCCAAGCAGCAAAUAGAGCUGGUCCUUGGUCCUUGCUUUCUGCUUUGACUGGUCCUGACAGCUGGGCAGUGGGUCCCUUCCUCCCCUCUGCCCUGCCCACCCUACCCCAUCCCCUGUGGACAGUGCUACAGCAGGCAGAGGGGGAGGAGGUGAGUGGGGGGUGGGAGGAGGGCUGUGUAGGGAAGGGGUGGUGGCGAGACCAUUUAUGGACUUGGUCUUUGGGAUGCCGAAGGUGUUGAAAUAGCAGCUGCUAAGGUCUGCUGUGCUGGGCCAGGGAGGUUUCUGCAAUGACAAUAGGAAGAAUGGAGAAAGUUGAAGUGUUCACUUCAGAAGGCAAAGGCCGGGGCCUUAAGACCACCAAAGAGCUCUGGGCUGCCGAUGUGGUCUUUGCCGAGCCGGCUUAUUCUGCAGUAGUCUUUGACAGCUUCACCCAGGUCGUGUGCCACACUUGCUUUAAAAGGCAGGAGAAGCUCCAGCGAUGUGGGCAGUGUAAGUUCGCCCACUAUUGUGAUCGGACCUGCCAAAAGGAUGCCUGGCUGAACCACAAGAAUGAGUGCGCAGCCAUCAAAAAGCAUGGGAAGCCACCCAGUGAAAACAUCAGGCUGGCGGCCAGAAUCAUGUGGCGGAUAGAGAGAGAGGGCACUGGACUCACGGAGGGUUGCUUGGUCUCCGUUGACGACCUGCAGAAUCAUGUGGACAAUUUUGGGGAAGAGGAGCAGAAAGACCUUCGAAUGGAUGUGGACAGCUUUUUGAACUUCUGGCCCCCCCAGAGCCAGCAAUUCAGCAUGCAGUAUAUCUCACAUAUAUUCGGAGUGAUCAACUGCAAUGCUUUCACUCUCAGUGACCAGAGGGGCCUUCAGGCCGUGGGGGUGGGCAUCUUCCCCAACCUCUGCCUGGUGAACCAUGACUGCUGGCCCAACUGUACCGUCAUAUUCAACAAUGGCAAAAUUGAGCUUCGGGCCCUGGGCAAGAUCUCAGAAGGGGAGGAGCUGACUGUAUCCUACGUAGACUUUCUCAACAUCAGCCAAGAACGGAAGAAGCAGCUGAAGAAACAGUAUUACUUUGACUGCACAUGUGAGCACUGUGUGAAGGGGAUAAAAGAUGACCUCUUCCAGGCAGUGAAAGAGGACCCCAAGCCUUCUCAGGAUGUGGUGAAGGAGGUGACCCAGUUCUCCAAGGACACCUUAGAGAAGAUUGACAAGGCUCGCUCUGAAGGCCUGUACCAUGAAGUGGUGAAGUUAUGUCGAGAAUGUUUGCAGAAGCAGGAGCCUGUCCUGGCGGACACCAACAUCCAUGUGCUUCGUAUCCUGAGCAUCGCCUCCGAAGUGCUCUCCUACCUUCAGAGCUUCCAGGAGGCUUCAGACUAUGCCAAAAGGAUGGUGGAUGGUUACAUGAAGCUCUACCACCCUAACAAUGCCCAGCUGGGCAUGGCCAUGAUGCGGGCAGGACUGACCCACUGGCACGCCGGGCUCAUCGAGGCUGGGCAUGGGAUGAUAUGCAAAGCCUAUGCCAUCCUCCUGGUGACUCAUGGACCCAGCCACCCAAUCACUAAGGACCUGGAAGCCAUGCGCAUCCAGUCAGAGAUGGAGCUGCGCAUGUUCAGACAGAACGAGUUCAUGUACUACAAGAUGCGAGAGGCCACCCUGAGCAACCAGAAAAUGCAGGUCAUGGCAGAGCCAAGCUCGGAGACAGCCAUGCCCACCUUUCUCAAGAAGCCAUGAGAACAUGCUCAAGGGGGACACUUGGUGCUGAAGGGAUGGGGAAAAGGGGCAGAUGCAUCCUUCCAAACAGGGGGGUGGGGGAGCAAGGAAUACAGUGGGCUAGGUGCCUAUGGGAAUCAAGGUUCCAUGUGUCUUCCGGCAAGCAUGCUUUGACACCUACUGUUUGUUAGUACAACAUGUGAUUCUGAGGAAUGUCGGCUUGUCCAAUGCUGACUUGGCCAUAUUUGUGAUUCCUCAUGUUCCAAUGGAAUUGUGAAGACUAUGGGCAUGUUUGGGCAACAUCUUGUGCUCUGAGAACUGGAACCUUAUAAAGAAUGGUGGCUGCACUGAAACAGG